UUUAUGUUCACUUCAGCUAAAGCGCCAAAACAAAAUGCGUAUAGCUGCGAUUAAACUAGAACUCAAAAAAAGGCUAGCAAAACAAGCAGCGGCUUUUCCCAAAGGAAUACAGUGCCAAAAAUGCCUCGAAUUUGGCCACUGGAGUUAUGAAUGUAAAGGAGAGCGCAAGUAUCUAUAUCGAUCAUCGCGGACACAGAUUCUGAAGAAAAACCUGAACAAACCUAAAAUAGACGGUUGGAGAGCACUUGCUCUACCAGAUGACCCCCUGGAGAAAAAAGGCAACAAAGAUAAAGAUCGAGAUGUUGUUAGCAGUUCGUCUAAUAGCAGCGAUGAAACUAACAGCAUCAGUUCCAGUAGUAGCAGCAGCAGCAGCAGUGACAGUAGCAGUGACGACGAUGAUACCAGUAGUAACAGUAACUCCAGCAGCAAUAGUAGUACAGGAAGUUCAAGCAGCAGCACUGAUAGCAGUUCCAGCAACAGCAGUGGAGAUGAAAAGUCUUCUACUCGUAAGAAGACAAAAUUAGGGAAAAAGCAAGCCCACCACCGAAAAAGAAAAAUGAGUCAAACAGAAAGCGCAAGGAACUCAAAGAAAUCAAAAAGAAGCGCAAGAUAAUGUACAGAAACCUUUAAGAACACGCCAUGAGCUGUAGGUAAAGUGAGGAGGAUAACGGUUGAGCGAACAACAAACGAAAGACAAAAAAAGAAAGUCGCAAAGCCGGCCAGUAAUUUAAUAUCCUUCAAAAAACUUAUCAUAUAAUAUUACGGUACUACAAUCAACACCAUGUAUUAACAAAAUAAUUAAUA